AUGUCAACCCAAUAUGACACCAUUCAAGCUCCUUAUGACUACAUUCGCAAAAAGUCCAUUGCCCUUAUUGAGCACGAAAACGUGCAGACUACCGUUGCGCCAUUGAUCAACAACUCACGCGUCCUGGACCUUGCCUGUGGAUCAGGCUUCUAUACCUACGACUUUCUAAAAUGGGGCGCGAGUGCCGUGGUCGGAGUGGACAUCUCGCCGGUAAUGAUCGAGGAGGCCCGCCGACGGGGUAGCGCUGUUGCUAGCUCUCCUUCGAGCACCAGUGGAACCAUCGACUUUAUAUUAGCCGACUGCGCGAAACCAACCUGCUACGCUGGUGCGCCCUUCGACCUUGUCUUUGGUGCCUGGCUGCUCAAUUACGCGCCUGAUCGCGCCGGUCUUGUCGACAUGUUCCGCAACAUCUCCCUCAACCUCAAGGACGGCGGGCACUUUGUUAGUGUCACCGUUCCGCCAACUCAGGAUCCGACAGCUUCUGUCAACGCCGAGUUCAAUGCUCGUCCCCCACCAGAGGGAUCGGGAGGUUUGGUCUAUCACGUUCUUCAAGAUGUGGAGGAUGGUAUAUAUUUCCAUCUGCACGGCAACACGGAGGUCGGGGACGUGGACUUCAAUUGCUACCACUUGAGAAAGGACGUCUAUGAGGCUGCUGCGAGAGAGGCCGGAAUGAGAGGGGAGUUGAAGUGGGAUGUCACAAGUGUGCCUGAGAGGUACCUGAGAGGGGACGGGCCUGGGGGAGCCAGCAUAGAGGAGUUGAAGAGUUAUCAAGAAGUGCCGAACUAUGGGUUGUUGGUCGUUGCUAAGUAG